AUGUAUAAGAAUUUAACAUCAUUGAUCUAAAGACCACUGUCAUUUCUUUUUAAUAGAACAAUCAGAUCAUUAGUAUACUCAGAUUAAAAAACAAAAAGAAAAAGUAAGAAGCAAUCUGGUCUUUCUGCUCUUGAUGAAUUAUUAUUUAGGUACACUAAACCUGAUUAAUAAUUUCUUGAUGCAAAAUAUGGCUUCAAUGCUUAAUUUGUAGUUUAUGAAACCAAUUCUAAUUAUUGUGAUCUCUCCAAAUCAUAUUCUGGCGAGAAUGAUGAAAGAUAUCAAAGUAAUUACAAGAGCAUAGUUUUGCCGUUGAUUAUGAUAUAUGGAUGCCAUCUUUAUAUGAAUGAUGAAACCAAGUGCUUCUUUGGAUCUUCAUCUUUAAAAAAGAAUCAAUUAGAAUAAAGAGUUGUACUGCUCCAGUAUGCAGCAAACAACCCAAUUGAGGAUAGAUACAAAGUAAGUCAGCUGAAGAAUAUCAAUGGUUAUGUAGUAAGUGUUUUUGAUGGCCAUGGAGGUUGGUAAUUAGCAGAACUCGCCAUGAAUAUAUUGCACGAGAAAAUCGAUCAAUAUGUUCUGAGAAAUCAAGAGAAAAUAUUGAAUCAGGACGAUCUCAUCUAGUAAAGUAUAUCACAAGCCUAUUCCGAUGUGGAAGAAGAAUUUUAUAAGGUGGCAUUACAAGCCUAUAAUAUGGGAUUCCCAUCAGUCGCCAGAGUGGGAAGUUGUGCACUCACUGCAAUUGUUGUCGGAAACAAGGUCUACAGUGCAAAUCUGGGAGAUAGCAAAGGAAUUAUUGUAAAUGUCAAUAAUAAAACCAACGAAAAAUCCUAUAAGAAAAUUAAUCAUACGUUAAAUGCCAACUCAAAGAAAGAAUAAAGAAGAUUGAAAUCAGUCUUUUCCGACGAUGACAUAGUUGUUUGCAAAAGCGGAAAUAAGAGUUGCUAUGUCAAAGGCAGACUCUAACCUACUAGAUCCUUGGGAGACUUUAGGUUAAAAUUCCAAGAGUUCAACAACCCCAAAAAUGUAGCAGAAGAUAAAGGAUAUUUGAAAUCCAUCACCAACUUCAAAGGACCAUACAUUAGUUCCACACCAGAUCAGCAGGUAUUUGAAAUUUAAAAAGGAGAUAGAUAUCUAGUCUUAGGCUCUGAUGGAUUAUGGGAUGAAUUAACCAAGUCAGAAAUAUCAAAGAUUGUCCAAAAAAAUUAACAUAACAAAGACGAAAUCAUUAAACAAAUUUUUGAAGAAUCCCUGUCUCAUGCAGCCAAGUCCAAUAAAAUGUCUGAUGAAGAUAUCAGGAAGAUUCCCUUAGGCAAAAGAAGAAAGUUGCAUGAUGAUAUCACUGUUAUUGUAGUCGAUCUUUAGGGUUAAGUUUGA